AUGCCAGCUCCCAAGCCCAGGAGCAUCGUGGGCGGCCUCCCAGGGAACGCCGUGGCCUGCCUUCUCGGGAUGCUUCUGCUGUGGAGUGGACAUGGCGGCUGCCAGGCCCAGCGGGCAGGUUGCAAGAGCGUCCACUACGAUCUCGUCUUCCUCUUGGACACCUCCUCCAGCGUGGGCAAGGAGGACUUUGAGAAGGUCCGGCAGUGGGUGGCCAACCUGGUGGACACCUUCGAGGUGGGCCCCGAGCACACCCGCGUGGGCGUGGUGCGCUACAGCGACCGGCCCGCCACGGCCUUCGAGCUAGGCCACUUCAGCUCCCGUGAGGAGGUGAAGGCGGCGGCUCGGCGCAUCGCCUACCACGGCGGCAACACCAACACCGGCGACGCGCUGCGCUUCAUCACCGCCCGCAGCUUCUCGCCGCAAGCCGGUGGCCGCCCCGGGGACCGCGCCUUCCAGCAGGUGGCCAUCCUGCUGACCGACGGCCGCAGCCAGGACCUGGUGCGCGACGCGGCGGCCGCAGCACACGCGGCCGGCAUCCGCAUCUUCGCCGUGGGCGUGGGCGAGGCGCUGCGGGAGGAGCUGCACGAGAUCGCCUCGGAGCCCACGUCCGCGCAUGUCUUCCACGUGUCUGACUUCGACGCCAUCGACAAGAUCCGUGGCAAGCUGCGGCGCCGCCUGUGUGAGAAUGUGCUGUGCCCCAGUGUGCGCAUAGAAGGUCACCGCUUCAAGCACACCAAUGGGGAGUCCAAGGAGAUCACAGGUUUUGACCUGAUGGAUCUGCUCAACGUGAAGGAAAUCCUGGGGCAGAGAGAGAGCGGAGCCCAGAGUUCCUAUGUCCGCAUGGGAUCCUUCCCCGUGGUGCGAAGGACUGAGGACGUGUUUCCCCAGGGCUUGCCUGACGAGUAUGCCUUUGUCACCACCUUCCGGUUCCGGAAGACGUCUCGGAAAGAAGACUGGUACAUCUGGCAGGUCAUUGACCAGUACGGCAUCCCACAGGUCUCCAUCCGGCUGGACGGAGAAAACAAGGCUGUGGAGUACAGCGCCGUGGGUGCCGUGAUGGAUGCCGUCAGAGUGGUCUUCCAAGGAGCACCGGUCAGCAACCUCUUUGACCGGGACUGGCACAAGAUCGCCCUGGCCAUCCAGGCCCAGAACGUCUCCCUGUACCUGGACUGCAGGCUGGUGCAGACGCUGCCCAUCGAGGAGCGGGAGAACAUUGACAUCCAGGGCAAGACCGUGGUGGGCAAGCGCCUCUACGACAGCGUGCCCAUCGACUUUGACCUACAGCGGAUUGUGAUCUACUGUGACUCCCGGCAUGCAGAACUGGAGACCUGCUGCGACAUCCCCUCGGGUCCGUGCCAAGUGACCGUGGUGACGGAGCCUCCGCCUCCCCCUCCACCCCCGCAGCUUCCCAGGCCUGGCAGUGAACAGAUUGGGUUUUUGAAGACCAUCAACUGCUCCUGUCCACCUGGAGAAAAGGGUGAAAAGGGCUCCAGUGGCCCCGUGGGACUCCCUGGUCUGAAGGGGGACAUGGGAGCCACUGGACUGAUGGGUGCUCCUGGACCCAAGGGAGAGAAAGGUGACACGGGCAGGGGACCUUUUGUCCAAGGAGAAAAAGGAGAGAAGGGUUCCCUGGGCCUGCCUGGACCCCCUGGAAGAGAUGGCAGCAAAGGCAUGAGAGGGUUGCCGGGAGAGCUGGGGGAGCCGGGCCUGCCUGGAGAAGUGGGCGUGCGGGGACCCCCAGGACCACCUGGACUGCCCGGGCUUCUCGGACACGUUGGAGCUCCUGGUCUCCAAGGAGAACGAGGGGAAAAAGGAACACCAGGAGAAAAGGGGGAGCGAGGCCUGGAUGGAUUCCCUGGGAAGCCUGGGGAGGCAGGAGAGCAGGGAAGACCUGGCCCUCCUGGUGUGCCAGGACUCCAGGGAGAGAAGGGUGAGGUGGGACCUGCAGGACCUCCUGGGUUACCAGGCUCUGUGGUGCAGAGAGAGGGCCUGAAGGGAGAACAGGGCGCUCAAGGACCAAGAGGACACCAAGGUCCACCUGGGCCACCAGGAGCUCCGGGUCUGAUGGGUCCAGAAGGCAGAGAUGGACCCCCUGGCUCACAAGGUCUCCGAGGGAAGAAAGGUGACGUGGGCCCUCCUGGAAUCCCUGGACUGUUGGGACCGCAGGGUCCCCCAGGACCGCCCGGAGCCCCAGGCCCUGCUGGACCAGGAGGCCCCCCGGGUUUGCCUGGAGAGAUUGGCUUCCCAGGAAGACCUGGGUCUGUGGGGCCUGCGGGGCCACCUGGAAGAGAUGGGCUGAGUGGACCCCCAGGCCUGCCGGGAGCCAAGGGAGAAGCAGGAGAACGAGGGGAAGACGGCCUGCCUGGGAAGCCGGGGCCUCGGGGAGAAGCUGGGGAACAAGGUCUCGCGGGCCAGCCUGGAGAGAAGGGAGAAGCAGGCCUCCCAGGAGCCCCAGGCCUCCCGGGCACGAGAGGAGAGAAUGGAGCUCAGGGUGAAAAAGGUGACCAGGGAUGGCCGGGACUGAAAGGUGACCGGGGUGAAAAGGGCGAAGCUGGUCCUGCAGGGCCCCCGGGGCCACCUGGGACGACAUCCCUGCUCACACCGCACCCGAGGAUGCCGGGAGAACAAGGGCCCAAAGGAGAGAAGGGUGAUCCGGGAGUGCCUGGGGAGCCGGGACCGCAGGGCCAUCCUGGAGACCUGGGGCCUCGGGGACCUGCUGGGCCACAGGGUGCCAAGGGACAAGAAGGAGCACAAGGGGCUCCCGGAGCAGCUGGCAACCCUGGUGCUCCUGGACCUGUGGGCUCCCCCGGCCUCAGCGGCCCCCCAGGAAGUGUGGGCUCUCCUGGCCUCAGAGGCCCCCCUGGGAAAGACGGGGAGCGCGGUGAGAAGGGAGCAGCAGGGGAAGACGGGAACCCAGGGCCAGCUGGCCCCCGUGGGGACCCCGGAGCUCCAGGACUACCUGGGCCGCCUGGCAAAGGAAAGGACGGAGAGCCGGGACUCCGUGGCUCACCUGGGUUACCUGGACCUAUGGGAACAAAGGGAGACCAAGGAGCACCUGGGAUCCCUGGAUCUCCCGGCAGCCGUGGCGACCCAGGCAUCGGGGUUGCUGGCCCUCCUGGCCCUUCCGGACCACCAGGAGACAAAGGACCCCCGGGACCACGAGGCUUACCCGGAUUCCCCGGCCCUCAGGGACCAGCUGGCCAGGAUGGUGCACCAGGAAAUCCAGGGGAAAGAGGCCCUCCUGGGAAGCCAGGCCCCUCCGCACGCCUGUCUCCAGAGGACAUAAAUCUCUUAGUGAAGGACGUGUGCAGCGACUGCCCUCCAGGCCCCCCAGGCCUCCCCGGCCUGCCAGGUUUUAAAGGGGACAAAGGCCUCCCAGGAAAGCCAGGGAGAGAAGGCCCGGAGGGGAAAAAGGGAGAUGCUGGGCCCCCUGGCGCCUCAGGGCCCCCAGGAACGGCUGGACCACAGGGAAGUCCAGGAGAACGUGGUACUGAUGGUGAGGUUGGACAGAAAGGUGAUCAGGGUCAUCCUGGAGUUCCAGGCUUCAUGGGGCCCCCAGGGAACCCAGGACCACCAGGAGCUGAUGGAAUUGCAGGAGCUGCUGGACCACCAGGAAUCCAAGGGCCACCAGGGAAAGAAGGACCUCCUGGCCCCGAAGGCCCACCCGGAAUCCCUGGACUCCCAGGAGAAGAAGGCAAAGAAGGCAGAGAUGGAAAACCAGGUCCUCCUGGAGAGCCGGGCAAAGCUGGAGAGCCGGGUCUGCCAGGACCAGAGGGUGCCCGAGGGCCGCCUGGCUUCAAGGGACACACAGGCGAUUCGGGUGCACCUGGUCCCAGGGGCGAGCCUGGUGCCAUGGGACCCCCUGGCCAGGAGGGGCUACCAGGAAAAGAUGGCGAUACUGGACCCAUCGGGCCACAGGGUCCCCAAGGAGUGAGAGGCCUACCGGGUAAGAAUGGCUCGCCUGGCUCUCCAGGAGACCCCGGCCCUCCAGGAAGCCCUGGCCAGAAAGGAAGCAAAGGAGAAAACGGAAGCCCUGGCCUUCCUGGCUUCCUGGGUCCCCGUGGGCCUCCAGGAGAAGCGGGAGAGAAAGGAGUUCCAGGCAAGGAGGGUGCCCCAGGGAAGCCGGGAGACCCAGGACCCCGAGGAGAAAGGGGAGAUCCUGGGAUCAAAGGGGACAAAGGAGCUCCAGGUGGGAAGGGCCAGCCUGGGGACCCUGGAACCCCAGGCCACAAAGGCCACACAGGCCUGAUGGGCCCACAAGGACCGCCUGGAGAGAGUGGGCCAGUGGGGCCUCCAGGACCCCCGGGCCAGCCAGGAUUUCCAGGGCUGAGGGGGGAGUCUCCCUCCCUGGACAGCCUGCGGCGGCUCAUUCAGGAGGAGCUCGGGAAGCAGCUGGAAACCAAGCUUGCCUACCUGCUGGCCCAGCUGCCCCCAGCACACAUGAAGUCAUCUCAAGGCAGACCCGGGCCUCCGGGGCCCCCAGGAAAGGAUGGGCUUCCAGGCCGGGCAGGCCCCGUGGGGGAGCCAGGCAGGCCGGGCCAGGGGGGUCUGGAAGGACCCUCUGGACCAAUGGGUCCCAAAGGUGAGCGAGGAGCUAAAGGUGACCCAGGUGCACCUGGAGUUGGCCUCCGAGGCGAAAUGGGACCCCCUGGAAUCCCAGGUCAACCAGGUGAACCUGGGUAUGCUAAAGAUGGACUCCCUGGGGUUCCUGGCCCUCAAGGGGAGACAGGACCAGCUGGACAUCCUGGCCCCCCGGGCCCACCUGGCCCCCCUGGCCAGUGUGACCCCUCCCAGUGUGCCUACUUUGCCAGCCUCGCUGCCCGACCUGGUAAUGUGAAGGGCCCCUAGAAGAUUCCAGAAUGCCAGAGACGGUGGUAGAUUUGUGAAACUUGAACUCAGAGCCCAGUGGAAAGCCAGAGGCCUUAAAGCAUUUGAGCUGGGUGUUUCUUUUCCUAUAUCAUUUAUUUUUGUUUUCUUGAGAGAGACUGAAAGACUUUGAAAUUAUUAAAAACCAACAGAUGCUGCCGGUCGGUCAGAUUAAUGUUAUUAUUUGGUAUGCUGAUGCUUUGUGAGAUUUUUCCCUCUCCUUUGAAGCUGGGAAGACUUGAUCUGUGGGGCAAGAGAUUGUUUCUUGGUUCCUCCGAUGGCCCCCAGCUGAGGCAUAGCUGCCAACUGUAAGGAAACCCUUGGUGCUAUGAAACCCUGGCCAGAUGCUUGCCACGUUUACCUCUUUCUCCAAAAGGAAACUAAGCAACAGAACCAGUGAGCUUCUAUUCCGAGUUGUGUUUCAAGGUUGCCCAGGGAGAAACAAUCCAAAAAUCGCCACUUCCCAGGAGAGGGAAAUGAAGCAGAAGAAGGAACUCGGAGACGUGAAGAAUGUUCUGGCCUCCCGAUGGGAUGUACACGCAGGGAGCAGAGCCAGCCCCCGGGGGGCCCAUGACCUCGUGUUCCAAGCUUGCAGGUGGGAAGUGACAUCGCAAGGCUCAACACUGGUUUUCUGGAUCCUGCAUCAGGGCCUCAGGCAGGAACCUGGUGUGGAAGCAGCAGCCCUGGGUGUUCUUUGCUUUUCCGCUGGAGCUAGGACUCCAGGUUCCUCGUGUUGAUUUUAACCAUGUUGAUUGCAAAAUAAAGGGGACUCACAGCUGCUCCCUUGUCUUUUCCUAAUGGUGGGCAGAUGGCCAGGGCACUGAGCAGAUCUGGGAAAUGUGUGUCUCCAGGGUCCCGUC